AUGCUCGCCAUGUCGCCGGCGCCUCCAGUUCUCGGUGACGCCACCACCGGUGACGGCGGGGCUGUAGUGCGGCACCAGCUCGCCCAGCUUCCAACCCCUCGGCACCGCAGGCUUGGGCCACGGCUUUCCGGCCUCGGGCAUCUGCAACCCUGGCACGGCGACGGACCUAAGGGCGCGGCAGUUUUCGGUGGCCGGGUUCUCGCGCAGAUGCUUGGCGACCAGCAGGUAUAG